CUCUUGUUUCAUUUCAUUUUUUUUUUGAAAGGCAUCUGCGUAUCCCUCCGUUUGCAGAUUUGCGCUCAUCGUCGUCCUCUCCGGCCGCUGUCAAAUCGAUCCUCCGCCUUCCCAUCUGAAACUGCUACUUCUUUUGGGUUUAUAGCCCCUGGGACCGAGAAUUGUGUUCGAUUCCUAGGGUUUCGAUUUCGAAUUCCGUCUUCGAUUGGUUCAAUUGUAACAAAUCCACUCCACGAGAUGUCUAAUUCGAGGAGUCGAGAAUGCGAUGAUGACCUUUCCGCCGGAGACGAGUUCGACGAGUCAUCAAACUCGUCUUCGUCCAUUUCCAGCGGCGUCGAGGCAUCUGCAGCUGGAUCUGAUGCUGUUUCGCAGGGGAGAAGCGAGGUUGGCCUGACGGAGCGGUUGACGGAGAUUCUCGUGGACGAAGGGGACGGGGAUUUGCUGCUUCAACGAAGUGAUCGUGAGGAUGGGGUACUGCGGUGGCUACAGGCCCUCGAUAUGCAGGUUGUGGGCGCUUGUCGCGCUGAUGAGAGGUUGAAGCCGCUGUUGAAAUCAAAUGCUUCGAGUGGCGUUGCCGAGGAUAGGCUUCUGGCGCAUCUGAGUCAGCACUUUGACGCCAUGGAGGUCGGCAUGCUUGCGAGGUGCUUUUGCAUACCCCUUGUUUCGAUCAGGGUUGGGAAGAUUGACAAGCAGGGGAACCUAUUCUACCCUACAGCUGCAAGAGGGAAUUUGAGUCUUGCAGUCUUGCCAACGUCUUAUUUGCGACUCUUGUUCAUUGGGGAUGAUGGUAGCACUGAAAGAAUAUUUACCCUAAGUGGUGAAUCCCAUGCUUCAGCUAUCUUGGUUGAAGAAAUCCCAGCAGACAGUUCAGGCCGGUCUUUCCAAAUAAAAGUUGCUGGUGGUACAGAUUUUCACUAUUGGUGCGCUGAAAAAUCAAAACUGUUGGGAGUCGAAUUAAUUGCCAAGAUGAAAGAUAUUCUGAAGAGGAAGCCUUCCAUAGCAGAAUUAACUGGAAUUAGCAACUGGCGCCUCGAUUGCUUCGCAAACCACAUUCGGUCAUAUCUCAUGGGGCAUAGCAGCAAAGAAUGUACGGCUGCUGCCCUGUUCACCUGCACUAUGGGUGACUCAUCUUCAGUUUCUACAAGUUCCCAGUCAUUGAAACCCCAGCAGCGUUCCAGACACCUUAGUAGUGGGCAGCCACCAAAGUCCAGCAACAGCCAUUAUCAAGGUAGCCUCAGUCCGCGGUCAGGUUCCUUCAAGGAUGGUCCAAACAGAAGCUGCUUGUCUUCUUCUUUGAGACGGGAGAAGCUAAGACGCCAUGUAGAUAGCAGCUUGUCAGCACUCGACAAUCUGGUAGUACGAUUGCCAUCGUCCAUUGAUUCCGCAAAUUCAAAACCUGAAAAUGGCAAGUCGCCCGCCGAAAUUGAAACUCCUCUUGUGGGGCCUUCAAGUCUUGCUGCAUCACUUCAAAGCUCAACACGGCCACUACCUUCUCUAAACUCACCCGCCCUCUCACCAUACUAUUGCUGGCAUCCCCUAAGUGGAUCCCAAUACCCUUCAACAGAGUCUGGAGAAGUACCCUUCUCAUCAAUACAGACACCUUUGAUUCCACCUCUUUCUUCCUUGUUAUCUGCCUCCUCCAGCUUGUUAUCACCACUCCCGCAUCUUGGCUUACCGGAUGCUCCAUCACUUGAUUUCCCAUCCUUGUUCCCUGAGCCAUUUGUUCGGCUUCCUAUUCCUGCUUCUCAACAUAUCCCUACCUUCACCCCUUUGAUAUGCGACCCAAUUGUUCACAUUCCAGCCAUGGACAUUUGUUCCUCUGGUCCGGCCUACCUUGUGAGUGCUGGUCCUACCACCAUCUCAGCAUUUGCGAACCCAAGAAUGACUUCGCGUGAAACAGAGGCAGCUCUGGAAACUGGGGCGAGGGAGACACUUCGCUUGCUCAUUAGCGGCUCGACCAGCACUAAUCAGCAGCUAAUGAGUGUGUUGCCUGAUCUGUACACCGCCAGUGCUGAUGAUGUCAAGAAACCUGGAAUACUUGUGGCUGGCAGCCGAGGACUCUACUCCGGGGCCAGGGACAUUGAUGCAAUCGCUAGUAAUAUGGCCACCCUGGGCUUCAUCUCCUUGUCACAGAGCGCAAUGGGAGAUGGCGUGGCAAGUGAACCGGAUGAUGCAUGCGAGAACAUCGACGUUUUGCAGAGAGAGUCGAAUGGUAUGGACGAAUCAUCAUGUUCAUGAUACAUCACGCGUUUGUUCAGCCUCUUUUGUUGUUGUGGUUUUGUAGUUGAGCUUUUGCUUCUGGAAAAUGAAAAGUUAUAGAUGCAUGUAUAUGGUAUAUGUCUGUAGCUGCGUUGGCGUAUCCCAAGUGUAAUUAGCUCCUCCUGAGCUUUUGGUUUGCCAUUGUCGAUUGUUGCAAUUUUUUGUUGUUAGUAAUGGACAUUUCUGGAAGGUUUAUAUUAUUUCAUUUCAUAGUAUACGUAUUCCAGUGUAGUCUAGCUUCUGGUUUGAACUUUGAAGGUGGAUCUUUGAUGGAUGAUUUCAAGCAGGUGAGAUCUUCCGAUUUCAGUAGGAAGUUCCAUUUACAGAGAAAUUCAACGAUAUGCAAAUUAAA